AUGUUCGCGAAGGUGUCCAAAUGGGUACUGGAUCUACACAGCCCUGCACAGUUGCUGCGCUGCCUAUGUAAUCUGGGUACUGUUCUUGCCGUGCAGAGACGAAUGCUCGUCAUUUUGCUAGUGGCGUUUUUGGCUCAAAGUCCUUCGAUUACAAGUGCGAAUGAGUUUUACUACGAGGUACAGGGAAGCCUGGAUGGCAUCACCCGCAGCUCGCACAACAAAGAAAAGGUGCAGGAGAAGCUGAAUAGUGAUAUCUCUUCGGCGCUAUCACGGAAUGAUGUUGUUAUACGAGUGGAUGAAAGUGGGUUUGAUGAGCCCUCAGAGAGUGCAAUAUUUCAUGGAUAUGUUACUACAUCAAUAUCGAAUCGAAGCGAUCUUAUCGACGCAUUGCAGUCCGUGCCUACAAUCGUCAUUGUAUUUCUUGCUUCUAGAGAAGCGUUGUCAGUCAGAACGGAUGCUAUUUCGCGAGCAGCAACAACCUCGAACUUAGCUGUAAAUGUAACUGCAUGUGUCGGCGACAGCGCUCAACUACCAAACAAAACGUGCCUGUGUUCCCCAUAUGCGUCAGGAUCGUACUGUGAGACUAUCAAAUGCCAAAAUUAUGGUUUAGCAAGCGGUAGCCGUUGCCUCUGUGCUCCUGGGUACAACUCAAAGUACUGUGAGAAUCGUGCUUUCCGACCAGCUAUUGAAUAUGACAUCGAUUUGAGUUCCCGUUCUCUGGUGAUAGUUUUCUUACUGAGUAAUUCGAUGAACCAAGUAUUUCUGGACUUCCGAGCGAACUUGCCAGAGAUGGUGGCAGGUAUUAACGGUCCAGAUAAUGACAUCACUAGUUAUGUCUUCUGGGGAUUCGUUAAAACUGAUAAGGGAGCGAUAACGCGAUUCACCGUAUAUGGUCAUCAGCUAGAGGAUUUGAACCCGGUAUUCGACAAUUUGGUCUUCACCAAAACAACAUCGUUUCAGCCACUCCUUCAAGAAAUCAUCUUAGCUCAGCAACAGUUUACCAAGGCUUUUUCAAAUGUGCUUGUAUUCACCGACGUAGCAGCCAGUGAUGCGACUCCGGCCAGCCAUCUUUGGUCUUCGAAUACCUCUGAGCAGACACUGAUCUCAAUGGCUGCCGUUUGGCGUAAUAAGCUAACAUUCAUCUUCUUCGAAUCCCCGACACAACGUCUCGACACUUCUGGCGAUAGAUUCGACGUGUUCAGACGACUGGCGGUGGCAACUCAUGGCGAUCUUCUCGUCAUCAACAAAAGUGAUGUAGCUACGGUGAUGAUGGAAGUAUUAUCCAAUUAUAACAAAAUGGAGAAUGUUGUUGUCCGUUACAAAUUUAACUGCACCGAUCUCUAUGUUCUGAGCAUUCCCGCAGGAGAGGAUGUGAAAAUACUUCUCACUAUCGACAAGAACGAAGGAAACCCCACUACAUUUAUUCCACCUUAUGUAGUUGACUUGAAUGGUGAAAACUUGACGGAAACAUCGUCAGGGACUUACUAUUCGUUCUACACACUUCCUAAUACAACAGCUUAUAUCCGCGUUGUUUCGCAGACACCUGGUCUGAUCUGCUCGUUGAGAGCAUUUGUCAAUUCGGCGAGAACUAUGCUUCUCAGCUAUACCGAUAAUCCUCUAAUCGACAUUGGAGAUCCUGUUCGUUACGCUGGAAUUCCACAGCUUGCCACAGGACUUCCAAUAGGAUAUCCCGAGCCGGUAACCAUCGUGAUUCAACCGAUUGAUUCCACAACAGGGUCUCCGUUUCAAGAAGUGACAAUUGGUUCGCGAAGAACAUCGGAUAGCACGUUUUCGCUGACUUUCGGCAAUCUAAAUGAAUGCACGCCAGGACCAUUUGUGCAGUUGGUGCGGCUCUUAAACGUCGACAAAGGGACGACCCGUGUGCUUCCUGCUUAUUGUGCUUUACCUGGAUCACCAGAUCUGUCAACAUACACUCAAUCCUUGUCUUCAACAGAAAGUACCGAUAGCGAUCCUGAGGGUCAUUGUCCACAAAUGAAUGUGAAUGCGCUAGCGGAUCCACGACAACAUGCGUUCAAACAGGUGAUUUUCGCCGUAGAGAGCAGUGCAGCGAUGAGCACUGUGGCUUCUAGACUCGUAGAAGUUAUCAGAUCGAUGGUGGAACAGUUAGAUUCGGAUUUUCAUUCCAUUUCUGAAAGGCAAUACUCAUUGAUAACGUUUGAUGACAAAGAUGAUUUUACCGAUCAACUCGUUGCUACUAUGACAAAAUUGGGAGAAAAUAACAAUGAAGUCGAACAAAGUUUAUCAUUGGAUGCCAUACAUAAGGUGAACGUGUUUACGUUAGGAGAUGGAAUGACACUACCUGUGGAUGACGUUGAUCUCACUUAUCAUCAGAGGGAAACUUUAGGUCGUAACAUACCUAUAUCGGAGGAAGGAAUGUCGGAACUGACAUCAUUGUUGGUUUCAUCAAUCGAUGCGAAUUCCCUGGUUCUAGACGACGCAGCGGAGGAUUGCUCGGAAUCGAUCGCGUUCAGUUUCUUCAUAGAGGACGUAGCCAGCAGUGUGAUCAUCAAUGUGGUUGGAUUUGGUGUUCAAGAGGAGAACAUGGUGCUUUUGAGUGAUUCUGCUAGUAAGAAAAAUCCCAUUGAUCUCACAGAUCUCAUCGUAUACGCAGAUAACAAUACUAUAGCGCUGGCAAUUGAUCCCACCAUGUUUGCGCUCCUUCCAGUACCGUGGUCGCUAUCGGUUAAAACUACUUCAGGCUCCUGUUACAUUCAGGUUCGUGUUAUUUCACCGCUCACCGUAAUCCCUGGCUUUUCUUCGAAUAAUCGAACUGACUUUCCAGCCGAAUCUCCGUUCUCGUUGGGAGGGAUCGAUCAUCACACAUUCGCCACGCUCCGUGUUUCACCUGCUGAUUACACGAUUGACCGAAUCUCCUACGGCUCGUCAAGUGUGGAGGAACCGUGGAGUGAUGUCUACAAUAUUUCAUGGGCUCAGGUUCAACCACGUGACGCCACAAAAUGUGCUUACCAAUUCGUCAGCCCAAAUUUUGAGAUGGUGUCAGCUCCGCUGGUUCGAAUGGAAGUUUCUGGCUAUUCAUCUUCCAGGUUCUUUUUCCAGCGAACCUUCUUCUUCUCUCAAUUACCUAAGACAGCGACAAUCUGUAAUGGAGGCGAAGUUAAUCAGUUUGGCGAAUGUGUAUGCCGUACGGGUUACGGUGGGGAGUACUGCGAUGAGCCCAUUUGCGACAAUGGUGGAACAAGAUCGAUGUCGAUUUGUGUGUGCCCAAUGGGCUUCUAUGGAAAGCUCUGUCAGUCACGAGCUUCAUCGAUACCCAUCUCGUCUACCCCAACUGCUCCAACCGGGCCCACUGUUACAACGGCGACAGAUUACUCGCAGGCCUUGGGCUACUUAUCUGUACUUGCUAUAAUAGCAUUCUCAAUAUUCAUGUUGAAGUGUUUUAUUGUGAUGAUGAUAGAAAUGUCGAAUAUCUAUCAUGAAAUGGGUAACCUUGCCGUCCGUUACAAUUUUGCGUGUAGUAAUCAAUUCAAGAGCAUUCCGGGUGCUGAUGCCUACUUCUACGAGGUACAGGGAAGUAUCGCAGGUGUCACCGAGGGUCUCCAUACUUUCGAAGAGGUCCAAAAAAAAGUAAAUUUGGAGAUUUCUUCCUUGACUCGAGGUCGCGACAUUACUGUGGAACUAGACGAGUUGAAGAGUAAUUUGGGCAUUCACUCAGAUGGGAUGGUGUUCCAUGGUUACGUGACGACAUCGAUAUCUGAUCGGAAUGAGCUAGUCGUUUUACUUCAGUAUGUGCCGAAAAUCGCCAUCGUUUUUCUCGCUCCAAGAGAAUCCAUUCCAAGUCCCAAGACACGGAUUGUACCUCCGAUGUGGGAGAGGGCAACAAACUCUCGUUGUGAUGAUGGCAGCAUCCAAUUACCGAACAAUACAUGCCUUUGCCAACCGUAUACAUGGGGCGCCCAGUGCACACAAGUGAUAUGUCAAAAUUUCGGACGAGCAGAGAGUAACGGACGUUGUACCUGCGCACCCGGUUACAAUUCCCAGUUUUGUGAAAAUCGUUCAUUUCGUCCGGCUGUAGAGAGCGAUAUUGACUUGAAUACCCGAUCUCUGGUGAUAAUAUUCUCUUUGCGCAGUUCCAUGUAUGACGUAUUCAAAACGUUUCAAGCAAACCUGCCAGCCAUGGCCGCUGGAAUUGCAGGUCCUGAGAACAACAUAGGCACCUACCUGUUCUGGGGAUUCGUACUGACAGAUGACAACGUUAUGUCAUACUACGUUGCUAGUAGCAAGAACUUGACUGAUUUGAAUGCGAUUUUCGAUAUGCUCGUGUUCUCUCCGGCGUCAAGUCCCCAGCCAUUUCUCCAGCAACUGAUUUCUGCCCAGCAAACGUAUAUCAACAUUGAAGCAUUCUCAAAUGUGCUUUUCUUUGCUGACGUGGGUGCAGGCGACGCUACCCCACCUAGUGACUUAUUCUCUUUGAAUACCCUUGAACAACAGCUGAUUUCUAUUUCGACUAUUUGGAGGAGAAAGAUGACAUUCAUCUUUUCGGAAUCGCCAUCACAGCAACUCGACACUUCUGGCGAUCAGUACGACGUGUUCAGACGACUGGCACUAGCUACUCAUGGUGAUCUGCUGGUUGUAGAUAGAAGUGAUGUGGCCAAGGUAAUGACAGAAGUUCUAAGCAAUUACCACAAGAUGGAAAACGUUGCCGUCCGUUACAAUUUUGUGAGCACUAAUCAAUUGAGCAUACCGGAGAAGUAUUCAUCACUGGACGAGACAAAACUUCUGCUAACAAUUGAUAAGAAUGACGAAAAUCCUCCCCUCUUCACUAAUCCUCAUCUAUAUGACCAGACCGGUACGCUCCUGAAGACCGCUUCAGAAGGGACUUACUAUUCGUUUUAUGUACUUCCACCAACGGUAUCAUUUAUCCGCUUGUUGUCACCGGAGGGAUUGACCUGCUCUCUGCGAGCGUUCGUUAACUCGGAUAGCACAAUGCUUCUCAGCUAUACUGAUAACUCUGCGAUCGAUAUUGGAAAUGGCAUCCGAUAUAAAGGCAUUCCACAGUUUGCCACCGGUCUCCCAAUCGAAUUUCCUCGUUCUUCUACGGUACAGAUUCAGCCAUUGGACUCAACCUAUGGGUUGCCAGUUGGAGUAGGGUCACUUGGCAAACAGAGAACUGGGGACAGCACAUACUCUUUUAUUUUCGCCAGCGACGAUGACUGUCCUCCGGGGCCUUUUAUGCAGUCAAUUCAACUCUUCGACGGCCGUAAAACAAUGGUUCGGGUGCUGCCAGGGUAUUGCGCAUUGAUAGUUCCACCUCCCUCGACGUCAACGAAUAAAGAAGUUCAAUCUGUGGCUGAUGUCACCGAUGUGAGAAUCAUUUCGAGCACUUUUCAAUGGGAGGAAUUCCUCGAACAGUUCAAGUCUUCAAUGAGUGUUGUGGCUAAUAAUGACAAACGUCUGAAUCAAAGCUUAUCGUUCGAUGCUAUCAACAAAGCCUACGAAAUCUCCAUCCUUUCCCCCAUUGUUCUAUACCUUUUCACUUCCACGCCGCCAGUACAAUCUAGUAUCGAUGCAAAGCCAAUUUCCAAGCAAAUGCAAGUAAACCUUUUCACCCUUGGAGACGGUACUUCACUUCCUAUUGGCGAUCUAACAUUUCACCAACGAGAAAGUGGCGGCCGAAAUAUACCAGUGACUGUCGACGGUCUCAUUGGUCUGCCUCAACUGUUGAUAUCGUCACUAAGCGAGAACUCAUUACUCAUGGAUGAAGUUGUACAGGAUUGCUCAAGUUCGGCAAAGUUCAAUUUUUACGUCGAAGACUCGGCAUCAUCGCUGGUUGUCAGUGUGAUUGGCAUUGAUGUCCACAUGGCUGACAUGGUCUCUCUCAUGGAUCCAGCGAAUGACGAUAUUGAUACAAAUGGGCACACGAUAUACUCGGACAAAAACACUAUCACUUUGGCCGUCGAUCUAUCCGAAGUGAAACGACUUGCCGAAGCAUGGGUUUUAACAGUGAAAACGACUUCUGGUCCAUGUCGUGUUCAGGCACGCGUCAUCUCUCCACUUACGGUAUUACCAGGGUUUACCUCGAACGCUGACAACGACUAUGUGGCAAGUUCUCCAUUUACGGCGAGAGGUACUGACAACCGAAUUUAUGCAGCAUUUCGGGUCCCAUCCACGGAUUUCGUUGUGAACACAGUUGAACAGGGAUCGUCAAAUGUGAAUGGCGAUGACAAGCUUUACUCGGUCGAGGUUCGACCUCGUGAUGAAAAGACUUGCUCCUAUCAGUAUAUUACCACAAAUUUCCAGAUGACAUCAGCGGCAUUGGUCAAAAUGCGAGUUUUCGGGAAAACGUCGACGAAUUUCCGUUUUCAGAGAACAUUCUUCUUCUCGCAGUUUAACGAUACAGCUACCGCGUGUGCUGGAGGAAGAGCGAAUCAGUUCGGUGAAUGCGUUUGUCCUGAAGGAUAUAGUGGAGAGUACUGCGACGAGCCGAUAUGCGACAACGGUGGUACGAGGUCCAUGUCGAUCUGUAUAUGCAAGCCAGGUUUUUACGGACAGCUGUGCCGAUCAAGUGAGUUAACUGAGAAUUUCAUCGGCAUGGUUACAGUAGCGGUGAAUCCAUAA